CCGCCGCCGCCCGGAGCCCCGCCCGGCUCCCCUCAGCGCCGCCGCCGCCCUCGGCGCGGCCCGGCCCGGCGGCGGGAUGAAGCUGACGGACAACGUGCUGCGGAGCUUCCGCGUGGCCAAGGUCUUCCGCGAGAACUCGGACAAGAUCAACUGCUUCGACUUCAGCCCCAACGGCGAGACCGUCAUCUCCAGCAGCGACGACGACUCCAUCGUUCUCUACGACUGCCAGGAGGGCAAACCAAAGAGAACGCUGUACAGUAAGAAGUAUGGAGUGGACCUCAUCAGGUACACACAUGCUGCCAACACUGUUGUGUACAGUUCCAAUAAAAUAGACGAUACAAUCCGAUACCUCUCCCUGCAUGACAACAAAUACAUUCGGUAUUUUCCAGGGCAUACAAAAAGAGUGGUUGCUCUUUCAAUGUCUCCAGUGGAUGAUACAUUUAUUUCUGGAUCCCUUGAUAAAACUAUUCGACUUUGGGAUCUCCGUUCUCCAAAUUGUCAGGGUUUAAUGCAUCUCCAGGGGAAGCCCGUGUGUUCUUUUGACCCAGAAGGGUUGAUUUUUGCUGCCGGAGUAAAUUCUGAAAUGGUGAAGCUUUACGAUCUCCGUUCUUUUGACAAGGGCCCAUUUGCUACCUUUAAGAUGCAGUAUGAUAGAACAUGUGAGUGGACAGGCCUGAAGUUCAGUAAUGAUGGCAAACUCAUCCUCAUAUCGACUAAUGGAGGGUUUAUUCGACUGAUUGAUGCCUUUAAAGGAGCUAUCCUGCAUACGUUUGGGGGUUAUAACAAUAGUAAGGCUGUCACACUGGAGGCAUCAUUCACACCAGACUCUCAGUUCAUCAUGAUAGGUUCAGAGGAUGGGAAGAUUCAUGUUUGGAAUGGGGAAAGUGGGAUGAAGGUGGCUGUGCUGGAUGGGAAACACACAGGUCCUAUAACCUGUCUGCAAUUCAAUCCAAAAUUCAUGACUUUUGCUAGUGCAUGUUCCAAUAUGGCCUUCUGGUUGCCAACUAUUGACGACUAAUUCCUACGCUGCAGCUGCUGUCAGAUGACUUCCAUACUGCUAACAGCAGCACAUCAUUGCAAGCAUAGUAUUGGAAUUGCCUAGGUCUCCUAGACUGCAUUCCUGUUCCUGCAUAUGUUUCCAUAUGUCUUACCUUUAUUUGCUGCAUUCCUUUGCGAGGACUCCUCCACUUGGCCUCCUAGCAUGUUCAGAAGCGGCAUGCUACACGUUCUUACCUUCCAGUCUGUGCCCAGCAGGCUUCAGCUGAAGUUGGAACUGACACAGUAUUAUUUCUAAGAGCAAUGAAGCCUGUUUUAUUUACAAAAUGUUUGUGGCAUUUUUUUAAGCUGUAAUUGUGUGUUUUCCUUCUGUAAGUGCACAAGGCUAUUGAUGUUUCAAGGUGGAACGUGCAGUUCCUUCCCUUAAGUGCACGUUUUUCACAUCUGGGAUCUCUCUGGUUUCACUGCAGUCCACAGAUGCAAAGUUACUUCUGUGCCAAAUGUGAACACUGACAGUUUUCAACUUAAACAGCAGAUGCUGGAUUCUCUUGCAGUGGAACACGCACCGAAAGAGUGGAUGACUAAAUCUACAUGAUACACCCUGUCAUCCUUUUUUUGGCGAUUUAGUGUGCAACAAACCAUACAGGUUUUGUCCACAGCCAGAGCUUGGCGAAGCCUCCCUGCUGUUUGCUGUGCCGGCAUCCCGGAGGGCACAGACAGUACUGAUGAGGUCCGGUCAGUGUCCCAAGCAAUAAAGGAGUCUGUCAGCAGGAAGAUGGAGAAACCAAACUGAGACUGAAAGCACAGUCUGCCUGUGUAUCUUAUGUAUCAUCUUGGCUGAUCUUAAUUGUAAAUAUCAUGGGGGGGAGGGCAGUGGGAAUGGGCCAUAUUUUUUUACUUCUAGAUAUUAAAGAAUAUGAUGUGGGCCAGUAUUGUGGGGUGUCUAGGCUGUUUACCUUCACCAAUGCAGUUUUCCCCUCGUUUGUAAAUAAGCUCCAUUAAAUUCUCCCCACACCAGGCUUAGACCUGUAUCCCUUUGUUGAUAAAACUGACAUGCAGUUAGCUCACCAUGCAUUUUGUUACAGGUCCUGCAGGUUUUCAGUGAUAGCCCCAAAAGAGUGACGCUUCCUUUGUCAGACGGUGUCUUCAGAACUGAAUUUUAAAAAUCUUACAUGUGACCAUGCUGUCUCUGCUUUGCUGUGGCUCUGCUCCAAGGAAUGCCCCUGCAAAGAGACAGGAGGGACGUGCCCUCGCUGCUCGAGAGGGCCUUGUGGGCAAAUGGUACAGAAAGGCUGGCAAGCUGGUCUUCAAGCCUGGUUCCAGUUUCUUUUUCCUGAAACGCUGCAUUGAUCAAAUGCAUCCACCAGCAGGCUGGGACAGGCUUGGCAUAAACAUGGUGUUCAUUGUAUUAUUGCCUUUCCAAACAUACUUGGUUUUAUGUGCUGGGUCACAGCUUGGAAAGUUGAUUCUUUCCCUUGCCUGUCAUGUGUGCUUCCCCUUUCCUAAAUGUAAAGUGCUGGUAAGGUAAGGUGACAAGCACAGUAGUGGGCAUGUUCUCUCUGCUCUCAAGUGCCAGUCCAUACAGGAGAACCAUGCUCAGGCAUUUUACCUUAGGUCAGUUGUCUGGAUGUUCCCCUAUUACAGCAAAGUUAGUCUCAAGUGUGGAGCCCUGUAUAUAAUUUGCAUCAUGUCUCCCUGGAAAAGUAAAUUGGCUUGUAGAACAGCUGCUUCUGUUUUGCUUUUCCUUGCCCCCUUUUUUUUUUUUUUUUUUUCUUUCCCCACAGCCCUUGUCAGUGAAAUGUGCUGUGCCAAGAGCUGGGGAUGGCAAACGAGCAUUUCUCUGCUGCUGGCUCCUUUAAAGUAGCAGCGCAUGCCUGGGACAGUCAGCAGGAGGACUGCCUGCAUGAGGCAGUCUGAUAAACUUUGAGUCUGGAUUGAUGCUGUGGUUGAAGCUUCUCCUUAGGCUCUGCGGCUUGCCUUUGCUGAUGCUACCACACAAGGAGCCAUUUCUAAUGGCACAGGGCAGUGAUGUGAGUUUGCCGUCCUCCAGACUGGAAGAGGGAAGGGAACAGCGGACUGAUGCUUUCCGUCUUGCCAAACGGGCCCGCUGUUGGAGAUACAGAUGAGAGAUUCAUACUAUUACACCCGCAUCCCUCUUCCCGUACUGUCCCACCAUCACCUAUAAAUGCCCAGCAGGAAGGGAGAUGGUUAUCUCAGUCCUCACAGUUGACUAGUUUUCCACAGCCACCUCUUCAACUCAGUAUUGUUGCAUUUCAGGCUGCUUGGUGCUAUUUUACCUUCGUUGGUGUUUCCAUAAGCAGCUGUAUUUUGCAGUGGUUUGUAAUGUACAGGUAUUUGGGGUUUGUAGUGCAUUUUAACAGUUAAAAUUCAGCGUUCAGUAGCAAGUCAUGUUUCAGGGUUUUACUAAGUCUGUUGCCUGAGAAAGUGAACAGAUAGCCUCCAGCCAUUUUUCUUACUACUUUUCACAGGGAAGCAUUUAGGAGUCUUUUAUUCUAAAAAUGCUCUUUGCUAAUGUGGUUUGAGCACUUGUCUAAAGAUUUGUUCAGCUUGCAGUGUUGUAAAACAUUGUGCGUUGCAGCAUGAAAUGUUUAAGAAGAAGAGGACCAAAGGACCAAUCUAGAAGGACAUAUACACUAAGAACACCAGUGGCUUUCUGGAGUGAAGAUAAAUUUACAGGUUUGUGCACAACACAGCACUAAUGCUCAGUUCAAAAUUAAAGCUGAAUGCCUUCCCAGGGCUGAUUGCCACCCACACAGGCAAAUACAUCUUGGUUGAUGUAGGACUGAGUGUUUUCCAUCUGCUUUUAAAAGAGGGAAAUGUACCAAGUAUUGUCAAGGAACUUGAGUAUCAUGUGUUUUUGGAAGGUUAGACAGGAAAGGUGAAUAAAGCUUUUAGCUUCCAGCUUCUAUGUGCUUCUCUAAAAGUUUCAGGACUGCAAUUCCUGUGCUCUUCAGGGCAGCCAGCUAAUGAGAAACAGACCUCAUUAAAAACCGCACUCCCAGGUCUAACAGUGUCCAACUUUAUGUAAAGCCAAGCAGGAAACAACAUUCCCCUUCCAAAUUUGACAUUUAAAAGGUGAGUCCCCCAUCAUGUUAUUUGGUAUGGAGUAAAGUCUUCAAAACAAGGGGGAAGUGAGACUCAGCAGCUCACCUCUAAAUAGGCAGUGGUGGCGGCUGAGCACAUCUGCUUGGCCUGUAGGAGAUUUGGGGUGUAAUUCCCUUCUCCAAGUUAGUCUUUGAGAGAGAUUUUUUUGUUGUUUUUUUUUUUUUUUUUUUUUUUUUUAAUCGAGGCUCCCAAGUCCUUGGUUAAUGUCCCAACCCCUGCUCUGGGGGACACAGGAGCAAUUGAGUGAACAAAUCUGGAAGCAGCAGCAGUGUAUCUUUUCCAAUGCCUUGACUGUAUUUGCACUUUAAGAGAUUUCACGAGGGGCUAGGAUCCUGGUGAGCCUUUCGGAAACUGGUCUCUUUGGUCGUGAGCUGGUAUGGGGAGUUUGACUCCUAGGUGGUAUCUGCCAGAUGAGUGUAAAUACAUAAAGUCAAAUUAUGCUUUGUCACAAAAUACUACGUAUGUGGAGAAUUCAAUGUUGUGCCUGUACUAAUAAAUAUUUUGUAGAGAGA